AUCCACCAGCAACAUCACCUGCUUGCCUCUCUCUUAUCUCUCUCUCUCUCUUUCUCUCUCUCUCUCGUAAUCAGAGGAUUUGAGUCCAGACCAGAUCCAAACCCAAAACAACACGAACCUCAAAUUCCUCACAUAUAUAUUUCUCUCUUUUAAAAUCAAAACCUAUAAAAGAAACCCUCUUUUAAAUUCUUCCCUCUCUCUUUCUCUCUCACUAUCUUCCUUGAGAGGUUUUCUUUUAAAGCUCGACAUGUGGAUUCUAAUCUUGAAAUAAAACUUAGAAUUGCCUUAUUUUCGGCUUGAUUGAGGGGUUUUGGGUUACUGGGUUGAGAAUAAAAGGUAAAAAAAUUGAACUUUUUGGAUAGAUCUGUGUUUUUCAUUCAUUAAUAAGGUUGGAUUCAUCUCUUUUGGCUGUGAUAACGGAAACCCAUAUAAAAGACUCGAUUUUUACCCGUUAAAACAAGAACCCAGAUAUAAAAGUCUAAUUUUUAGGUGUGAAAGGACAAAUCCACAUAAAAGAUCCAGCUUUUAGGCGUGAAAAGGAGGAACCCAGAUAAACAAAUCGAUUUUCUGUGGGUGUUUUUAGGGAUUAUUGGGGUAGUGAGUAACAAUAAAAGGAAGAAAUGGCAGAGCAAGGGGGCUUGGAAGGUAGCCAGCCAGUGGAUCUUUCCAAGCAUCCUUCUGGCAUUGUUCCCAUCCUCCAGAACAUUGUUUCAACUGUGAACUUAGAUUGCAGGCUGGAUCUUAAGCAAAUUGCCCUGCAAGCCCGUAAUGCAGAAUACAACCCCAAGCGUUUUGCUGCCGUCAUCAUGCGGAUUAGGGAACCAAAAACUACAGCAUUGAUUUUUGCAUCUGGAAAGAUGGUGUGCACAGGUGCCAAGAGCGAACAACAGUCAAAGCUUGCUGCUAGAAAGUAUGCACGAAUUAUCCAAAAGCUUGGCUUUGCUGCCAAAUUUAAGGACUUUAAAAUUCAGAAUAUUGUUGGCUCGUGUGAUGUCAAGUUCCCCAUCAGACUUGAAGGGCUUGCAUACUCCCAUGGUGCUUUCUCAAGUUAUGAACCUGAAAUCUUUCCAGGCUUAAUAUAUCGAAUGAAACAACCAAAGAUUGUGCUUCUUAUUUUUGUCUCAGGAAAAAUUGUGAUCACCGGAGCCAAGGUGAGAGAUGAGACAUACACAGCCUUUGAAAACAUAUACCCUGUCCUUACAGAGUUUAGGAAAGUCCAGCAAUGUUUCCUACUUCAAGAAACCAAAAUUGAAAGUUCCCACGCAAUCAAGAAUAGUAGUAACCUCUGAGUUCCCACAUUAGCAUUUGAAAAUUACAGACAACAAAGCAUACAAGGUCGGUUGAAGUUGCUGUUUAACAAUGAUGGGACUCACUGUAAGCUUCUUGGGAAUGAUUUUCUUGGUGGGUUGAGAUCAUCUCAGACCCAGAAGAGAAAGAUCAGGUCUCUUGGUGCUAAUUGUACAAAGUUAUAUGCUACUGCUUCUUUGAGCAAGAAAUCCAAGCAUUUUUAUACAGUGGCAAGUCAAAGUGUUAGCGAGGCUAGUGAUGAAGAUUAUGACAGUGAGAGGGAUGAAUUGGCUUGCUUUAGAGGCCUUGUCUUGGAUAUCUCUUACAGGCCAGUGAAUGUUGUGUGCUGGAAGCGUGCCAUGUGUCUGGAAUUCAUGGAGAAGGCUGAUGUACUAGAAUAUUAUGAUCAGGCAGUAAAUUCCCCAAGCGGAUCCUUUUACAUUCCAGCUGUAUUAAGGGUUCCACAUCUAUUGCAGGUCGUUAAGAGAAGAAGAAUAUUCAGAAGCAAACUUAGUCGAAAGAAUAUACUUCAUCGGGACAACUAUACUUGUCAGUACUGUUCUUCCCGUGAGAAUUUGACCAUUGACCAUGUUCUGCCAACCGCACAAGGAGGCGAAUGGCAAUGGGAAAAUCUGUUGGUUAAUUUUCAAACUGGUGCUUUACCCUUUCCUCAUCGGGUUAAUUACAAUUGGAACACAUAUAUUAUAAGCUACAGAGAUGGCCGUAUAAUGUAUGGAGAAUAUGGAAGACCAAUAGAAGACUAAACACUUUGAUGAAGAUUUACAUUUUGGCAUUGAGGAAGUUCUUCACAGUUUCUGUGGCUUGCUUCCUCCUGUAACAGGUUACUGCUUGUGCCAAAUGCAACUCAAAGAAGGGUAAAAAAACUCCAGAGGAAGCAAACAUGAAGCUGAGUAAGGUCCCCAAGGCCCCUAAAGAUUAUGACAUACUUGCCAUACCCCUAACAAGUGCAGCAAUAAGGAUGCUGAGGAUA